AAAUGCUUUAAUACCUGUAUGAAAAGACUCCUGUAACAGGAUAUAACUGAUAUAACUGGAAGAAAGGCUUAAGCUCCGAGUAAAAGCACUGAAGCCUUAAUUAAUGAUUAUGGCUUAGACUGCAUUAGUCAUUUUUCUUGCCAAUUAUAUAUCAAAAAAGGCACUAGAGUACGAAAUGGCUCAUAAAAAUUGGCGACAGAGAGGAUAUUGAAUCUCAAGUGUGGUGUUUGGCAAGCAGCACAAUACUAGCCUCCCCAAUGUGCCUUUGUGUCCACAGAAACACACUCUUUAAAAUGUUAGAUGCUUUAUUUACCUCGCUACGUGUGAUUGUAGCUGUUUCUUUGCCUCUCAAGACAGAAUGUUUGCCAUUUGCAAACCGACUGAGGCAAGUGCUGAUAGUAAAGGUGGAGAGGGGCUUGACUAACACUCCCUGAAGACAUCAGUGCUUUGUGAAGGGCUGUAGAUCCUCGACUCAUAAGGAUCAGCAUGAGGUUCACUCCUCCCAUACAGCAACACCUUCCCUGGUGGUUUGGCAAACAUAAUGUGACCUCCUCUUUUCACAGCUUCCAGUGUGAUUGUCUGUCGUCGAUUGAGCGUUUGUGUCCGUAAAUGCCAAUGCCAAUGUAAACAUGCAGUGGACGGCGGUGGUUUAUGCGGUGUUGAUGAUUGGUUCCAGUAUCUGCUCUGUAUUUGGCAACUUGCUAUUGCUGUUGGUGAUUUUACUCAACCAAACCCUUCAAACGGACACCUGGGUUCUCACGUUGAGCUUCUGCGUAUGCGAUCUGGCUUUGGGUGUUUCCACCAUCCCAUUCGGUAUCCAUAACAGUCUUUUCAAAGUGAAGAGCUACCCUAGCAAGAGCGCCACCUGCCAAGGCAGCGCAUUUCUGUUUUUGGCACUUCAGCUCGCCUCGAUUCAUUCGCUCACAUGGGCUACUGUUGACAAGUUCACAGAGAUCUGCUUCGCCCUCAGUUACCCUGUGAUUUUCACAGCGUACAGGGCCAAAAUCAUCCUUGUGAUGGUGUGGGUUUACAGCAUCGUCAACGCAUCCCUGCCUCUCUUUGGUUUUGGUAGUUAUGCCUACAGCGAAACCAAGUUUCUUUGCGUUCCCAGCUUUAAACCUUCAAGCAUCGCCUUCAACAUGCUCUUCAUGGUGUUGGGAAUAAUCAUUCCCAUAGUAUUGAUGUGCUCCAUGUAUGGAUAUAUAGUGUAUAUAGCCAGGAAUCAGGUACGACGAGGGACGUUUGUUUGCAAUGAAGACCAUUGUUUCUAUGUACCGGCCAAUAAUUACUUCAAAAGCUCCAUAGUAAUGGUGACAACCACAGUGUGCCUGCUCGUUUGCUGGCUGCCAUAUAUCGUUAUCUGUUUCUAUGAGACACUGACGGGAAAAGAGAGCCCGCAGCCUGCCUCGGCUGUUGCCACAUGGCUCGUACUCUUCACUUCAGCUCUCAACCCAUGGAUCAACUCCAUGACUCAAACGAGGUACAGAGCGGCGCUGCGCAAAAGCCUGAAUAAAAUCCAGCAGAUGUUUGAGUAUCCUCGUAAAGGCUCCCUCUCUCAGUGCACAACUAUACAGCCACGCAGCGAGAGCAACAGCUCCUCUUCACCGGCCCCCAGUGUUCCUCCGGCACAACAAACAAACAACCAACCCCAACAGGACCUCACGCUGGUCUGAACGCGACCCUCACUGACCUUUACUGGUUUGAAUAGCGCAGAGAUAAUCAUGACUUAAGGAAGCUUCUACGGCAUGGUUUCACCCCAACGCAAGAGGACACUGGGUUGGCGGAGGUAACCUGAGGCGAUUUCAGCACUUAUGAUGUGAAAACGACUUGCAGACAGAAGAAAGCCUGUGCGAUUUUCUGUAGUAAAUUGAAAAUGGAAAAAAAAAGACUAUUGUAUCAGAUGAUGCACUGCACUUGAACAGAAAUGGUGAUUCGUUCUUUUUCUAGAUGAAAUGUUUUUUUUGAUUGUGAAAUACAAUGUUAAGCAGAUUUUUUUUUAAAUGCAUUAAAGGGAUAGUUCACCCACAAUUCAAAAUUACCUGAUCAUUUACUCCCCCUCAUGUGGUUUUGAUAUAAUGUAAUACAAAUUUAGUAAAUAUGCUGAUGAUUCGGUGAUUGAGUCUCCUCCACGAUUAGGAUUUGGGGCAUGGUCCUGCUGUGGAAGAACUUACUUCCAGGGGUAUGUUCUUCGUACGUGGAUUACUUAAUUAGCUGGAUUUGGUUAUUGGCGAUCUGACAUGAUCCAGGAUCAUUUCGUUCUUCAAAACUCAUCCGAAAGUUAGCAGGGAGCAGGCUUAUUUCUUUAAAGAGGAUUAGAUCUGGGGCCUCAUAUAUCAACGCUGCGUACGCACAAAAACUUUGCGUACGCCAGGUUUCACGCUCAAGUUUGGAUUUACUAACAUG